AUGAAUUCUCCCCAAUCUCAAACUACUACCAAUACCAAACCUGCUUUGCAUGGUGUCAAGAUAAAGCAAAGAAAGGGUGUUCAAAAAGCACAAGCAAAACACGAGCCUGAAGUCUUCAGGGAUAACUUAUUGACGCAUCUGUCAUCGAUCGACAAGGAUAACUUUGACGCCAUCUCGUCCAAACUCGACGCGGCGGGAAAUACACUCGAAUAUCGCAAGUACGCCGACUCUCUUUGGGAAAUCCUUAUUACUGGAGGCAUUGUUGAACCAGGAGGUAUCAUUGAUGCCAGUGCCGAGCGAAGCUCCUUUUGUCUCUUUUCUGCUCCCGAUGAUCCUGAAGUCAUCAAGAAACAUGUCAAGGUCUUUAACAAGCUCAUCCGUCGCUACAAGUAUCUUCAAAAAUCAUUGGAUGACACCCUCAAGCAUGUGUUGCAGUUUAUCAACAAGUGGAAGUCCGAGGAGUGCAACAAACUCGCCAUGGCCACGGGUUACAUUAUCACCACGCAGCUUACAGGAAUUUCCGUCAUGAAGGUGCUUUUGAAGGAUUAUUUGGUCAAAGAUGGUGCAUCGCUUGAGUUUGCCACCUCGGUGUUUCGAACGAUUUUGAGCGAACAAGGCAUCGACCAAUUGGGCAAAAUGCUCGUCAACGCUGAUAUGGAUUCAAAGCUGAUUGAGCUCUUCCCACCCAACAAGCGUGAGGAGGAUUGUCUUGUGCGUCAUUUCGAAGCACAGGAUAUGAAGGAGCUCGUUGAAUUCCAUCAAAAGAAUGUCAUGGAUUCUAUCAAGAAGGAUCUGUUGGCUAAAUUGCAUGCCAUGAUGACUGAUGAGGACGCCAACGCCAAGGAGGUCAUCACUGAAAUCAAGCAAGUCAUGAAGGACAACAAGAUCAGUGAGCCUGAAAUGAUCCAAAUUAUCUGGAUGGCUGUUAUUAGUACAGUCGACGUGAUCAAUGCUCGACCAGAUCAAGUGGAGGUGCAGGCUUUACGUGCAAUCAAGAGCUGGACGGAUGUCUUGGAAACCUUCACUACUUCUCCCAAGACCGAACUUGUCCUCCUUCAAAACGUCCAAAUCACCUGCUAUGAGGAUGCCAAACUCACCAAGUUCUUCCGCCAAAUUGUGCAGCUCCUCUACAAGAACGAUGUGCUUUCCGAUAAUGCCAUCGUUUUUUGGGCUGACAAGGCACACAAGCCCCAAGGCAAGACUGUCUUUUUGAAGCAAAUGGCUGCUUUUGUGCAAUGGUUGCGUGAGAACGAAGAUGAUAGCAGUGAAGAAGAAGAUUAA